AACCUUCUACUGUGUCAUUUAUUGGAGUGUGUGUGUUGUAGAGGUUUGUCAACCACAAAACCGUGCAUUCAGCAAGGAUUUAAAAUAUGUAGAAGUAAGUAAAGAAGUUUAGAAGGCACAUAUUCUUAAUUACUCUUUGAUGUCGUUUGUGUAAAAUUUUCAUUUUUAUACGAUAAAAGUAGAGGUCUUUUUAAAAUGGCUACAGUUUUGGGGCAGUUCAUGGAGUUUCACCCAGUUCAUGGUACUAAUGUGCAGCUGGAUUGCUGUGGGACUAAGGCCACCCGAGUUGAAAGUUUUGCUAAUGGAAUAUGCUUCAGUAAACAUCCUUUAAACCCUGGAGAGAUUUUUCUGGUUGAAAUUGAGGACAAGGAGAUAGGCUGGUGUGGACACCUUAGAGUUGGACUAACCGCACAUGAUCCUAAAACGAUGGAAAAGGUUCCAGAAUAUUCUCUGCCUGACCUGGUGGAACAAGGACAAAGCUGGGUGUUUGCCAUAACCAGAAACCACAACAAGGUUGUUGAGAAUGAAGUUGAGGAGCCCCAAGGAGCAAGUGGGAGUCAUGCAGAUGGGAAUGAAGGCAGCAAUCUUAAAAGUUUUUUAACUGAAAGUCACUUGUUUAUAGAGAAUGUACGCAUACCAAAGGAAAAGUUGGUGGGACGGAGUCGACCUGGUUGGUUUAGUCACAUCUUGGAUGAUUUGUACAAAAUGAAUACUUUGCCUCCUACUGCCAGGCGCAGUCGCAUAGGAGUUUUGUAUAUUCCAAAAAGACAAGGUUUUGCUGAUAUGCAUAUUGUCAUCAAUGGUGAAGACAUGGGUGCCUGUGCUAAAGGAAUUCCCACGAGCCUCCCUCUGUAUGCGGUCGUGGAUGUAUUUGCUGCUACUAAAAGUGUCAGAAUUGUACAAGUGGAAUAUGGCCUUCCGUCACUGCAGACACUUUGUCGCCAGACGAUUCAGAAGCACAUCAUUCACAGAAUGGCUUUAAACUGGUUGGAACUUCCAGAGAUUUUAAAACAUUACUGUAAAUUUGAGUAAAAGAAUAAUUGGAGAACUGCAAAGGCUCUUAAAACAAAAUAGUUUACAUACUCUAAAGAUUAGACCAGCAUUUCAACAUGAUAAAUACAGGUACUGUAUAUACCAAAUAGCAAACAAUAAAUCUACAUAGCAUUAUUUUAAUUAGCACUCUAAUUCUUCUGUGUUCAUCUUAAAUAAACUGAACCUACUGUGACUAUCCCUUUUAUUAUUUAUUCAUUUUAAAUGGCAUUAACGGAUGUCAGAAAAAUAUGCCAAUACAUGCUCAUCAUUUCACGGGGAGCCUGGGGGCUAUCCCAGGGCACUUGGCGAACAAGGUGGGAUACACCCUGUUAAGUUUGCAGGGCACACACAUACACACACUCGUUCUCAGACAACAAGCAAUUUGGGAACGCACUGGGAAAACAUACCAUGCACACAGACCU